AUGUCGCGGGCCCACGCCCAGCAGAUGGUGAGCAUCGCCACGGAAGAGGUGAAUUACCGCAGCGGUCCGGGGACGCGCUAUCCGGCGGAAUGGGUGCUUGGAAGAGGGUUCCCGCUGAAGGUCGUCGGACGACGCGGCGACUGGCUGGAAGUGCGCGACUUCGAGAACGACAAGGGCUGGGUUCUGCGCAAGCUCACCAGCAGCACGGCGUAUCACAUCGUGAAGGUCAAGAUCGCCAACAUGCGCAGCCAUCCGACGACGACCAGCAGGGUCGUCGGCAAGUUUGCCUAUGGCGAUACGCUGAAGACGCUCGAACGCAGGGAGGGCUGGGUCAAGGUCCAGCGCGAGGGACUGCGCGGCUGGAUUUCGAAGAAACUUCUGUGGGGAUGGUAG